UUUUGGAUUUUGGAUCAACGCAACAUGAUGGCAGUCAGCUGUUCAUUGCACACAAAUUUCAGAUACUUGCAAGCAAGUAGUAGACUAGAAUACCCUCGCACCAUCACUCUUCCAUCUUGGAGCUCCCUGUUUUAAAAUGAUGAAUCGAUUUGCCAAAAGUUCUUCCUUUUUGUUUUCGUCUCCCCUUUCUCGGUCCUUUAGCUCCACCCUCAAGGCUUUGACUGCUACGAAAGGUUUUGAUACCAUUGCGCUGCAUGGAGGAUACACUCCAGACACCAGUGCAUCCUACGGAGUAGGCUUUGGUGCUCCCCGUGGCGUUCCGUUACAUCGGACCACACCCUUUGUUUUCCAGAGUUCGGAACAUGCUGCCAAGCUGUUUGCUCUGGAAGAACUGGGUAAUAUCUACUCUCGCAUCAACAACCCCACCAAUCAUGUCUUGGAGGCUCGCUAUGCCCAGCUGGAGGGUGCUCAUGAAAUGGCUGGUAUGGCCGUUGCAAGCGGAACCAAUGCCAUCUUCUACGGUAUCCUCACCCUGGCCCAAAAUGGGGAUAACAUUGUUUCAUCCAGUCAGCUGUAUGGAGGGACUUACACCAUGUUUGACACCUUGCUACCCAAAAUGGGAAUCGAGGUUCGUUUUGUAGAUGGCACAGACCCUUCCAACUUUGCCAAAGUUGCAGACGACAAGACCCGUGCUUUCUUUACCGAGUCAUGCUCCAAUCCUAGUUUGGAUGUCUUUGAUCUCGAGGCGAUUGCCAACGAGGCCCAUGGUAUUGGACUGCCACUUAUGGUGGAUUCCACCUUUUCGACUCCCUACCUCUGCCGACCAUUGGAGUUUGGGGCGGAUAUUGUAACCAACUCUUGUACCAAAUGGAUCAGUGGCCACGGCGCUGGUCUUGGAGGUAUCAUUGUUGAUGGCGGAAGAUUCGAUUGGGCAGCUGGUAAACACCCUCUGUUUGAUGAACCCGAUUCAUCCUACGGAGGUUUGCGAUGGGGCCAUGACUUGCCCGAGCCAUUGGCACCUCUCGCGUUCAAGCUUCGUGCAUUGACUUGCAAUCUGCGAAAUCUCGGUGGAUGCAUUUCACCCGACAAUGCGUGGAUCAUGUUGCAGGGUAUUGAAACUCUUAGUUUGAGGAUGGAUCGUCAUUGCGAGAAUUCUCUGGAGGUAGCAGAGUACCUGCAACAACAUCCCAAGGUUUCCUGGGUCCGAUAUCCUGGUCUAAAGGAUGAUCCUUCCAAUCCCCUCAAUGAAAAAUACCUCAAGGGCAAGGGAGGUGGCAUUGUUAUCUUUGGAAUCAAGUCAGAUCAACCGAUGGACGCGGGCCGAAAGCUGAUCGAUGGCUUUGAAUUGUUCAGUCAUGUGGCAAAUGUUGGGGAUUGCAAAUCUCUGUGCAUUCAUCCAGCAUCGACUACCCAUUCGCAGCUCGAUCCAGAACAGCAGGAAGCGGCCGGUGUGAGGCCAGAUAUGGUUCGCUUGAGCAUUGGAAUCGAAUCCAUACAAGAUAUCAUUGCUGAUUUAGACCAGGGUCUGGCAAAAGUCGACUAAGCUCGCUCUUUUGUGUUGAUCGUAUUGAGAGUCGUGUGGGACGAGCUUGCUAUCAGUUGCACCACAAGCUUCAGUUGUUCGUAGAGAGUUAGAGCACGCUCUUAAUAAAUAAAGACAUCUACACGUCUUGCUUGCU